GACAUCACAGGCUAAGUCCAGGUCUGUCCUAUAUCCUGGUUGUUAGGGUAAGGUGGAGACAAAACAACCAAAGACAGACUGACUGACUGACCGGGAUAUACAGAGAGAACCCUUGUGCUUUUACUGACCACUGAUUGACCAUUGGCUAGUGGCUACUCUCUUCACAGAGAGGAUACAGUUCUCUGGUCCUGGAAUUGUAGGCGAACUCAUGGAAAACAGAAAGGAAAACGCUGCACACUGUUGCUCAUUCUCCCAGAAUAUUUCGUGGGCUAUCAGCGGAACAGAGUGUGAGCUCCAGAAACCAAACAUGACUGAAAAUGGACUUGGGAACCGGGUGCUUAACAUGGACACCAUGAACCCGAAUGUAAAGCGGGUUGAGUAUGCUGUCCGUGGUCCAAUCGUGCAACGCGCAUUGCAGAUUGAAAAGGAGCUCAAAGAGGGGGUUGAGAAGCCUUUUACAGAGGUCAUCAAGGCCAACAUUGGUGAUGCGCAUGCUAUGGGCCAGAAACCAAUCACAUUUCUCCGACAGGUUGUAGCGCUCUGCGUCUAUCCAGAUCUCCUAGAAGACGACAAGUUUCCAGAGGACGCUAAAAGUAGAGCACGGCGCAUCCUUCAGGCCUGUGGAGGGGGAAGUAUAGGUGCAUACAGUGCUAGUCCAGGCAUUGAGAUCAUACGACAGGAUGUGGCUAAAUAUAUUGAGAAGCGGGACGGUGGCAUCCCCAGUGACCCCGACAGCAUCUACCUCUCCACCGGGGCCAGUGAUGCCAUAGUGACCAUGCUAAAGUUGUUGACGUCAGGCGAGGGGAAGAACCGUACAGGGGUGAUGAUCUCCAUCCCUCAGUACCCCCUCUACUCUGCUGCUCUGGCUGAGCUGGCGGCUGUCCAGAUCAGCUACUACCUGGACGAGGACAAGUGCUGGAGCCUGGACGUCAAUGAGCUGAGGAGGGCUGUGAAGGCAGCCAGGGAGCACUGUAACCCCCGCGCCCUCUGCAUUAUCAACCCUGGCAACCCCACAGGUCAGGUCCAGAGCAGGCAGUGCAUUGAAGAUGUGAUCCGAUUCGCUGCUGAGGAGCACCUUUUCCUGAUGGCUGAUGAGGUGUACCAGGAUAAUGUGUAUGCGGAGGGUUGCCAGUUCCACUCCUUUAAGAAGGUUCUGUUUGAGAUGGGACCAGAGUACUCCAGUGUUGUGGAGCUGGUCUCUUUCCACUCCACCUCCAAAUGCUUCAUGGGAGAGUGUGGUUUCAGAGGAGGGUACAUGGAGGUGGUUAACAUGGACCCUGAGGUGAAGUUGCAGCUGACUAAACUGGUGUCUGUGCGGCUGUGCCCCCCCAUCCCUGGGCAGGCCCUACUGGACCUGGUGGUCAAUCCCCCUCAGCCUGACGAGCCUUCCUAUGCCACCUUCAUCAAGGAGCGUACUGCCAACCUGGAUAUCCUGGCUGAGAAGGCCAAGAUGACAGAGCAGGUCCUCAACACGGUCCCAGGGAUCCACUGUAACCCUGUCCAGGGAGCCAUGUACACCUUCCCCCGCCUCUCACUGCCAGAGAAAGCCAUCAACGCGGCAAAGGAGAAAGGCCAGGCUCCAGACAUGUUCUACUGUAUGAAGCUGCUGGAGGAGACUGGUAUAUGCCUGGUUCCAGGUAGUGGCUUCGGGCAGAGAGAUGGAACCUACCAUUUCAGGAUGACCAUCUUACCUGCAACUGAAAAGCUGAAGGUUGUAUUGGAAAAGAUCAGGGAGUUUCAUAAGCGGUUUACAGAGGAGUUCUCAUAACCCCACUCCUCUUCCCAGUCUGGUCUGUAACAAAACCCCACCCCUCUUCCCAGUCUGGUCUGUAACAAAACCCCACCCCUCUUCCCAGUCUGGUCUGUAACAAAACCCCACUCCUCUUCCCAGUCCGGUCUGUAACAAAACCCUACUCCUCUUCCCAGUCUGGUUUGUAACAAAACCCCACCCCUCUUCCCAGUCUGGUCUGUAACAAAACCCCACCCCUCUUCCCAGUCCGGUCUUUAACAAAACCCCACCCCUCUUCCCAGUCUGGUCCGGUCUGUAACAAAACCCCACUCCUCUUCCCAGUCUGGUCUUUAACAAAACCCCACCCCUCUUCCCAGUCUGGUCUGUAACAAAACCACACCCCUCUUCCCAGUCUGGUCUGUAACAAAACCCCACCCCUCUUCCCAGUCUGGUCCGGUCUGUAACAAAACCCCACUCCUCUUCCCAGUCUGGUCUUUAACAAAACCCCACCCCUCUUCCCAGUCUGGUCUUUAACAAAACCCCAGUCCCUCUUCCCAGUCCGGUCCUGUCUGUAACAAAACCUCACCCCUCUUCCCAGUCCGGUCUUUAACAAAACCCCACCCCUCUUCCCAGUCUGGUCCGGUCUGUAACAAAACCUCACCCCUCUUCCCAGUCCGGUCUUUAACAAAACCCCACCCCUCUUCCCAGUCUGGUCUGUAACAAAACCUCACCCCUCUUCCCAGUCCGGUCUUUAACAAAACCCCACCCCUCUUCCCAGUCUGGUCUUUAACAAAACCUCACCCCUCUUCCCAGUCCGGUCUUUAACAAAACCCCACCCCUCUUCCCAGUCUGGUCUUUAACAAAACCCCACCCCUCUUCCCAGUCUGGUCUUUAAUAAAACCCCACUCCUCUUCCCAGUCUGGUCUUAAACAAAACCUCACCCCUCUUCCCAGUCCGGUCCUGUCUGUAACAAAACCUCACCCCUCUUCCCAGUCCGGUCUUUAACAAAACCCCACCCCUCUUCCCAGUCUGGUCUUUAACAAAACCCCACUCCUCUUCCCAGUCUGGUCUUUAAUAAAACCCCACUCCUCUUCCCAGUCUGGUCUGUAACAAAACCCCAGUCCCUCUUCCCAGUCCGGUCUGUAACAAAACCCCACUCCUCUUCCCAGUCUGGUCUGUAACAAAACCCCAGUCCCUCUUCCCAGUCUGGUCUGUAACAAAACCCCAGUCCCUCUUCCCAGUCUGGUCUGUAACAAAACCCCACUCCUCUUCCCAGUCUGGUCUGUAACAAAACCCCACCCCUCCUCCCAGUCUGGUCUGUAACAAAACCCCACCCCUCUUCCCAGUCCGGUCUGUAACAAAACCCUACUCCUCUUCCCAGUCCGGUCCGGUCUGUAACAAAACCCCACUCCUCUUCCCAGUCCGGUCCGGUCUGUAACAAAACCCCACUCCUCUUCCCAGUCCGGUCUGUAACAAAACCCUACUCCUCUUCCCAGUCCGGUCUGUAACAAAACCCCACCCCUCUUCCCAGUCCGGUCCGGUCUGUAACAAAACCCCACCCCUCUUCCCAGUCUGGUCUUAAACAAAACCCCACCCCUCUUCCCAGUCCGGUCCGGUCUGUAACAAAACCCCACCCCUCUUCCCAGUCCUGUCCAGUCUGUAACAAAACCCCACCCCUCUUCCCAGUCCGGUCUGUAACAAAACCCCACCCUUCCUCCUCAGAAACUGGUUGGAGAGAUGGUGGAAAUAUCUAACUGAAAGAGUGCCAGUGUGUUACCAACACACCCCCUGUUCGAGACUCUCCCCUCUAGUGUCCUAGACUUGACAUUAAAAGAGGAGCAAUGUGUUAAGAAACUGCACUUUUUAGCAUGGUACCUGGCAUACUGUUCUGUUUCAGCUAAUUGUUUAAAUUGUGUGUCAGACAGCAUCUGCACAGUGUACAUAUGUGAUAAUGUUUUAGUCAUUUUCAGUUCAUGACUAUAACUGAUUGUGUCAGUUGAGGGUUUUACUUGUUUUGCCUAUCUAGUUUUACUGGUUAUACAGCUACAUUAUGAUCAAUCGUACUAUUAUCAGUAAAUAGUUGGCAGAGGUGUGCUUUUAUUGCAUGCCAGAGGGAGUGCAAUGGCUGUUGCGUUGAAAAGGAUACUAUGAACUACUGUGUGUACAAUGAACAGUCUGAAUGUAGUUACAGUAUUUAAUAACCAUGUUGAUUUUUAUCUUGAAUUGUAAAAAUAUAAAUGAAAGUGUAAUUUCUAUGU